CGGUCCGGGAGGCGGACCCAGCUGCUGCCAGGGUUGGGUGCGCCGCUGAACGGAUGGCAGAGGGAGCGGAGCGGAUUCCUGAGGAACGCUAGCCAGCUAUUUGAGUGUCAUCUGUUGCCACCCAUUGAUGUCAAGAUGACCAAGCUGGGAUUUUUGCGGUUGUCCUAUGAAAAGCAGGACACACUUCUGAAGCUUCUCAUUCUGUCGAUGGCUGCUGUGUUAUCAUUCUCCACUCGUCUGUUUGCUGUCUUGAGAUUUGAAAGUGUCAUCCAUGAGUUUGAUCCGUACUUUAAUUAUCGGACUACCCGGUUCCUGGCUGAGGAAGGAUUUUAUAAAUUCCAUAACUGGUUUGAUGACCGGGCCUGGUACCCUUUGGGACGAAUCAUUGGAGGAACCAUUUACCCAGGCUUAAUGAUCACCUCUGCUGCAAUCUACCAUGUACUCCAUUUUUUCCACAUCACCAUCGACAUUCGGAAUGUCUGUGUGUUCCUGGCCCCUCUCUUCUCUUCCUUCACCACCAUCGUCACGUACCACCUUACCAAAGAGCUCAAGGACGCAGGGGCUGGACUUCUUGCUGCUGCCAUGAUUGCUGUAGUUCCUGGAUAUAUCUCUCGAUCUGUGGCUGGUUCCUAUGAUAAUGAAGGCAUUGCCAUCUUUUGCAUGCUGCUCACCUACUACAUGUGGAUCAAAGCAGUAAAGACUGGUUCCAUCUAUUGGGCAGCCAAAUGUGCCCUUGCUUAUUUCUACAUGGUCUCUUCAUGGGGAGGUUAUGUGUUCUUGAUCAACUUGAUCCCUCUCCAUGUGCUGGUGCUGAUGCUCACAGGACGUUUCUCCCACCGGAUCUAUGUGGCCUACUGUACUGUUUACUGUCUAGGCACCAUUCUUUCCAUGCAGAUCUCCUUUGUGGGUUUCCAGCCCGUCCUUUCAUCAGAGCACAUGGCAGCCUUUGGGGUCUUUGGUCUCUGCCAGAUCCAUGCCUUUGUGGAUUAUCUGCGCAGCAAGUUGAAUCCACAGCAAUUUGAAGUUCUUUUCCGAAGUGUCAUCUCCCUGGUAGGCUUUGUCCUUCUCACCGUGGGAGCUCUUCUCAUGCUGACAGGAAAAAUAUCUCCCUGGACGGGGCGUUUCUACUCACUGCUGGAUCCUUCUUAUGCUAAGAACAACAUCCCCAUCAUUGCUUCUGUGUCUGAGCAUCAGCCUACAACCUGGUCCUCAUACUAUUUUGACCUGCAGCUUCUCGUCUUCAUGUUUCCAGUUGGUCUCUAUUACUGCUUUAGCAACCUGUCUGAUGCCAGGAUUUUCAUCAUCAUGUAUGGUGUGACCAGCAUGUACUUCUCAGCUGUAAUGGUGCGUCUAAUGCUAGUGUUGGCACCUGUUAUGUGCAUUCUUUCUGGCAUUGGAGUUUCCCAGGUGCUGUCCACUUACAUGAAGAAUCUGGACAUAAGUCGUCCAGACAAGAAGAGCAAGAAGCAGCAGGAUUCUACCUACCCCAUUAAGAAUGAAGUGGCAAGUGGGAUGAUAUUGGUCAUGGCUUUCUUUCUCAUCACCUACACCUUUCAUUCAACCUGGGUGACCAGUGAGGCCUACUCUUCUCCCUCCAUUGUGCUCUCUGCCCGUGGUGGGGAUGGCAGUAGGAUCAUUUUUGAUGACUUUCGAGAAGCAUACUAUUGGCUUCGUCACAAUACGCCAGAGGAUGCGAAAGUCAUGUCAUGGUGGGAUUAUGGCUACCAGAUUACAGCUAUGGCGAAUCGGACGAUUUUAGUGGAUAACAACACUUGGAAUAAUACCCAUAUUUCUCGAGUAGGGCAGGCAAUGGCAUCCACAGAAGAAAAAGCCUAUGAGAUCAUGAGAGAGCUUGAUGUUAGCUAUGUGCUGGUCAUUUUUGGAGGCCUUACUGGGUAUUCCUCUGAUGACAUCAACAAGUUUCUGUGGAUGGUCCGGAUUGGAGGGAGCACAGACACAGGCAAACAUAUUAAGGAGCAUGAUUAUUAUACUCCAACUGGGGAAUUCCGUGUGGACCGUGAGGGUUCUCCAGUGCUGCUCAACUGCCUUAUGUACAAGAUGUGUUACUACCGCUUUGGACAGGUCUACACAGAAGCCAAGCGUCCACCAGGCUUUGACCGUGUCCGGAAUGCUGAGAUUGGGAAUAAAGACUUUGAGCUUGACGUCCUGGAGGAAGCAUAUACCACAGAACAUUGGCUAGUCAGGAUAUACAAGGUAAAGGACCUGGAUAAUCGAGGCUUGUCAAGGACAUAAAUGUUACAUCCAGCUCCGAUAUGCUUCGCACUGAGCGCGUCACAUUUAGGACGCUGAAGAUGUUUUUAAAUAUGCAGUUUAUAAGAACAGAGCACGAUGGGAUUAGAAUUGUCUGGAAUUUUUGCCCUGGGUAGUAUGGGCUGGGUCAAAUGCAAUGAUUUUUAUAAUUUUGAGCAGGUUACCAAAUGAAAUGUCAUGGCUUUACUUUGGUCAAUUAAAGGGGGGGAUUUUUUUAAAAAUGUGCCUUAUUCGUUUUGACUUAUGACUGAUUUGAGGAAGGCAAAAGUUUUUGCUGGGCUGAUAGGACAGAAAGCAGACCUCAUCCAUGUUCUUUGCUCCCUAAAUGAGCCACGUAGGGACAUUCUGUCUUUCUCAAAUCAGGAAAACUAUCAAGGACUAGCUCAGAUCCUACAUAUACAAAUAAUUUUGUCAAUUCAAAAAUUGCAGCACAUAGCACGAUGCCUUGCACAUAGUGGGUGCUCAAUAAACUUUUUUCAAAUGAAUAAAUAUUUGUGGGACCAGAGGAGUGGAUUUCUGGGCAGGAAAGGCAGCUUUGUUGCCAUCAUGUCUCUGUUCUGAACAUCUCUUGUCCUUAGAGGCUCUUUUUGCAAGGGACAGAAGGUGGCUAGCCAUACCUGAUCUCAGCAAUUUUUUGGGACUAGAUAGGUUUUUUUUUUUGAGCAGGAAUAAAUCAAGUAAGACCAAAGUCAGCAGUUUUGAAGACUCAGGGCAAACAGUAGAAUUAUUGUUAUCAAGGUAGAGGGAAAAACCCCUCCAACAUUAUGUAUAGAACUUGGUCAGUAGGUGUUUUUGAAAUCAGCUGAAAUAUAAUCAUACAUAUCUAUUUGAAAUCCAGCUUUUCAGUACUCUCACUUAUCCAUGAUACAGUAAAUGUCUCUGCUCAUUUGAUUUAGCUUUUGCACUAAAACUCUUGUGAUUAUGUAAGGGGGGCUUCUUUUUCCCUUA